UGUUGGUAUUAGGUCUUGAGACAGGACUGAACACUGGCACCUUCGCCUACUUACUUCAUCACAAGCACGGCUUAUCAGUCUCGUAAGCCAGUCAUAAUAUGCCUCUUCAUGCUCGCCGUCGCCAAGAUGGUGGAAUCGCACACAGCGUUGUUCGCGUGGGGUGGUCGACGUGGGCGAGCUCUGCAAAGCUCAAUAUCAGCGACGCCUAUCAAAGAGGCUGCUCGGAGGAUCCCCGAGAGAACGGCUGGGAUGCUGGGUCGCAGAUUUGGAAGGAAUCAGAUGGCUUUUGAAGACUGGUGUCAGGGAUGUGGAUGUGUGGUGAGUUCAGCCACGGAGCGUGCUGUGGCGGGCGGUGAGCGGCCUGGCUUUACCAUGGCCUCAAGGAAGCUACAACUGUCUUUUCCGUACUUCAAAGCCUUUCAGUUAUUCAGAAAAAAACCCUAUUCGCAGUAUCACGAGUCAUGUUAGGAGUAACCCGUAGUGUGAAGAAUAUCUCGGCUCCUUCGGAUAGCAAACCUGGGAC